UAUAAGCACAAAGAGCUGUUUGAUUUUCUUUUUUGUUUAUUAUGCAAAUUUAAGCUUAUAUGUUAGAAUUGGGCAAUCACAAUUUAGUUUAGUUUCUAAUGCAAAAUUGUGAAAUCAACAUUUAUUGAAGAAGAACAAAAAAUAAUUGUGAAGUGCAGUGGAAACGAAAUCAAAAUGCUUAUGGAAACGAAAUUAUCGAUUGUACAUUUAUUGCUUACUACAUUAAUAUUGGCUUGUUUUUAUGCCGAAAUUGAGGCGGCCACAACGCAUAAACAUGGACAUCAUCAGGGAGAGCGUCUGGAAGAUGGUGCGUAUCGACCACGAGAUUUAGAUCAUCAUGGCGCAGAUGGCGAACAUAUGACUGAAUUCGACCAUGAAGCAAUGCUCGGCAGUGUCAAGGAAGCUGAAGAGUUUCAUCAGUUAUCGCCAGAAGAAUCAAAACAACGACUGAAAUUAUUGGUCACCUCAAAAAUCGAUACAAACAAAGACGGAUUUGUUGACAAACACGAACUGAAAGCGCACAUUUUACGAUCGUUUAAGUCCUUAUCAGAGGAAGAAUCAAAUGAUCGAUUCGACGAAGUAGACGAAAACAAUGAUGAAGUUGUAACAUGGACGGAAUAUCUCAAGGAAAUGUAUGAUAUGGAUUCGGAAGAUGAUCCAGGCGUUAAAGUGCCGGUUGGACUCGAAUCGGAAAAUAAGCUACUAAUUGCCGAUGACAAACAAGUAUUUGAAGCGGCUGAUUUGAACAAAGACGGCCAAUUGAAUCGUGAAGAAUUUGUUCUAUUUAUAAGUCCCGAAGAGCAUCCGGUUAUGUUGCCAAUUAUUUUGAAUCAAACACUUCGUGACAAAGACACCGACAAAGAUGGUAUUAUUAGCUUCCAAGAGUAUCUCGGUGAAUCGGCCCGAGACCAUGAUAAAGCUUGGCUCAUUGCCGAAAAAGAGCGAUUCGAUAGUGAACACGAUAAAGACGGCGACGGUUUACUCAACGAAAAUGAAAUUUUGAGCUGGAUUGUUCCAAGCAACGAUGAUGUUGCAACAGACGAGGUCAACCAUUUAUUUGCUGCAGCAGAUGGAGACCAAGAUGAUCGCUUGAAUUACGAUGAAAUCAUAGAUAAUCAUGAUCUAUUCGUUGGCAGUGAGGCAACUGAUUAUGGUGACCAUCUUCAGAAUAUUGACAAAUUCAGAGACGAACUCUAAUUAUUUCAAUUCAUGAUUUGAUUAUGAUUUCAAACCAUUCGAUUCGAUUGAAUUUUUGUUGUAUUUAUUUUGUUGCGUUGCACAAAUUCGACCGCAGCUAUUAAAAAAAAAACACUCCAAUUAGAUAUCAGCAAACAAUGUUCGUAUUGGCAAUUAUGGAAAUAUUCGAGUCUGACUUCAUGCAAACGUAGCAAAAUAGAUUUCAACACCAAAUUUCAUCAUUCGUUUUGUGACUUGAUUUACAAAGCGCAACAGUCAACGCCCAUUAUUUGAUUUUCUUGGAAUGUCAUAGUAAGAAAAAGUGGGAUGCCAUUUUGUGAGGUUCAAUUUUUUUCAAUUUUCCUUCAUUUUUUGUGUUACCAAAAAAAAUCCACUUGAAUUUCUCCGUUCAGUCAUUUAUUUAAUUUAUUUCAUCAUCUAAUAUCAUACAUAAUUGUAAAAAAAAUCUUCUAUAUUUGGAUCAUUGAAUAAAGAGUAGAUAGAAUUUUAAUGAA